AUGACAAGCUUCUCACUGAACUCCAAAGUUCAAGCUUAUCACCCCUUCCAUUCUCUCCGACCGUAUGAGGCUGCCAGAUUGUGCACCGCUGCUCUCUCACCUCCAAGAGAAACUUCUUCCGGUUCAGAAAAUUCUCCCCUUCCUCCGGAGCCACCGGAUCCGCCGGGUGCAAGGGUACUGUCCCCUCCACCGUUCUCUGCUGAAAUGAACCCCAAUCACCACUUGCCGCCGUCUGCUACUGUAUCUCUUAUCCCUGAGAUGAGAUCUAGCUUCUCCUGCCUCACUCGCUCAAAUCUGUUGUGCUUCCCAUCCGAUACAGCAAGGCUCACUGUUCUAAACAUCUUCUCUGUUUGCUUAAUUGUGUUGUGCCUUAGCUCCUGUUCAGCCUCUUUGAUGCCUCUCACCAACAUCGCUGCAAACCGGAACCAUCUCAUCGACCCGUUUGUCUCUGUUCGACAUAGCAUCACCACUGUCAUACUUUUCCCACCACCAUCUCUCUUCACUGUCGUGCUUCCAUUAGCCAAACUCAUCCAUCUCUCCGAUGUUUUUCCCGGAGGUGAUUUGCAACAGUGCAAUCUCGGAGCUCUGCUCAACCUAUGGGCUUGGCCCAUCAUUUCCCGCUCAAGCUUCACCAUUUUCAUGCAUUUGUGUAGCGGAGGAUACGUUUUCAUGCGAUUCAAUGUCACAUUUACCGGAUCAUCAUCUGCCAGGUUAUCAUCGGAUUUUGCCGACCUGGUUUCAGGAGUACCGCCAACUUACCGUCGUAUCUCUAAACCUACAUCAACAGUUCUCGAGUACCGCCAACCUACCGGCGCAUCUCUGAACUUGCAUCUCUCCUUAAUGGAGAUUGAUUCUAAACGCUCAAUAGUCUUAACGACGUCACAAGCUAUUCCUCUUGUUCGCUUGUUUUCAACAGAACAAGAACUCCGGAUUGUUUUCAAAACGAUCUUAGAAGCUCUUUUGAAGAAGCUUCCAGUUUUCAUCUUUGAUCUAAACUGUCUAACCUAUCCUGGUAUUGCUUUGUAUUUCAUUUCUGCAUCAAGCUGCUUCUACUCCUUGGCAAAGAGCUAUUCAGGCAAGACGAUGGUGAUAUACACCAUGGAAGAUCUGCUUAAAGUUUUGGCAGAAACGCUGGGAAGAGGAACCUUGGGGAGCACGUACAAGGCUGUGAUGGAGUCUAUGUGGCUUGUUGAAGUGUUGAUCUACGACACCUAUGUGGCUUUUAAGUAG